UUGUAAUAUAAUUUUUUGAGGUUUGAAUGAUGGCGGUUUUGACGAUGGGAGCUUUGCCUUUAGGAUUUAGAUUUAGGCCGACCGACGAGGAGCUCAUCAAUCACUACCUUAGGUUGAAGAUCAACGGUCGUCAUUCCGAGGUUCAGGUUAUUCCUGAAAUUGAUAUCUGCAAAUGGGAGCCGUGGGAUUUGCCUGGACUGUCGGUGAUAAAAUCGAACGAUCCGGAGUGGUUCUUUUUCUGUCCUCGUGACAGGAAGUACCCCAACGGCCACCGUUCCAACAGAGCAACGGAUAAAGGGUAUUGGAAAGCCACAGGGAAAGACCGAACCAUCAAGUCUAAAAAGUCCCUGAUCGGGAUGAAGAAGACCCUUGUUUUCUACAAGGGUCGUGCUCCCAAGGGUGAGCGUACUAACUGGAUCAUGCACGAAUACCGCCCCACUACCAAGGAACUUGAUGGCACUGCCCCUGGCGAGACUGCUUUUGUUCUAUUUCGAUUGUUUCAUAAAGUAGAAGAGAAGAAUGAUGCUGUGAAGUAUGAUGAACUGGAACAAACGGGAUAUUCUUCUGCCAUGAUAAAAUCUUCUCCUGAUGACACAUCAUCGGAUCUUAUGCAGGAUACCGUGUCAUCCGUGACGCAUUCUCAAAAGCCUGAUAACUUUAUGCAAAAUGAUCAAGUAACAGGUGAUACCAGCAGCUGCAACAGUCGUAUGACUUCUAUACAGAAAUAUCCCUUCCUGAAAGGCAAUUCGAAUUCGUAUGAACCCAAUUAUGGUGAACUUGACUACAGAGUCUUUUCACCACCAAUGAACUCACAUUUGUUUGAAGAUCUGCCACUUUGCUUGGACUUUCCUUAUGCUAGUGACUUUGGCCAUGAUCAAAAUGGAUUUCAUUUCAAUGACGGGACUAGCGCACAAGAUGUAUCAUUCUCUUUGUUGGAUGAUGUCUUAAAUAACCAUUAUGACUCCUGUGGCGAGUCAAGCUCUCAGAAGAACUCGGUUGCUGGAACAGAGAUGCCCUUGUUUGAUAAUUCAUUCAUCUCAAAGGCAACACCACCAGAAACAUCAUAUUUCAAAGAAAAUGUAGUCACUGAGGCAAACACUGAAAUGCCACAAUUACAGUUUGAUACAGAGGGUGGAGCUCAAAGGUGGCUUGGUGGGCAUAUUGAUAACAAGCAAGCACUGCAAAUGCAAGCUUCGUAUGAAUCUACCCUUACACGAGCAACACAUUUUAACCAAGAGUUUAGAACCAGAAAUAUCGGUGGUUUUGGAAAUGAUUUUGUUGGCCAUGGAACUUCAUUUACUGAUUCUGCAACGGGUUCUAUCAAUCAUUUGCAACAAUUAACUAGUUUGAAGAAUAAUUUGAAUUGUGGUGGUGUUGGAAUGAACACUGGAACUCUUGGAACUGUAAUCAAGACUAGGACCCGUGGACCUCAGCAACGACCAAAUUCAGAGAUUUUAAAUCAAGGCACUGCUUCAAGAAGAAUACACUUGGAUAUGACAUUUUCUACUGGGCCAAUGAAAGGUUCUGUAGGCUGUAUCGAUGAUGGGAAAAUAACAAGUGUGGGCUUCACUGGAGAAGAAGUUCAAUCUGCUCUAAUCGAGGUCACAGAACCUGAAGCUGCAGGGGAGACUUCUAGUUCUGAUGAGUCAGAGAAGAAUAUUGCAAAUCGAGGCACUGCUUCAAGAAGAACACGCUUGCAAAUGAAACUUUCUACUGGACCAGCAAAUUGUUCUGCAUGCCGUGGCUUUGGUGGGAAAAUGACAAGUCCUGGACUCAGUGAAGAAGUUCAAUCUUCUCUAACUGAGAUCACAGAAGCUGAAGCUACAGCACUGACUUCUAGCUCUGAUGAGUCAGAGAAAGAGGAUGAGUUACUCAAGCUUGAUGGCAGCGGGGAUAUUGCUGAUGAAUCUAGUACAAAACCAAGUCUGGAGGUCACAGAAGCUGAAGCUAUGUGCCAAACUUCUAGCUCUUAUGAGUCAGAGAAAGAAGAUGAGUUACUCAAGCUUGAUGGCAGCGGGGAUAUUGUUGAUGAAUCUAGUUCAAAACCAAGGCAGAAGGUCACAGAGGUUGGAGCUACAGGCCAAACUUCUAGCUCUGAUGAGUUGGAGAAAGUCGAUGAGUUACUCAAGUUUGAUGGCAGUGGGGAUAUUGUUGAUGAAUCUAGCACAAAACCAAGGCAGAAGGUUGAUGUAGCUGAAGCUGAAACUACAGGACAAACUUCUAGUUCUGAUGAGUCGGAAAAAGAGAACAAGUUGCUCAAGUCUGAUGGCAGCAGGGAUAUUGCUGACAAAUCAUUUACAGAGCCGAGGCAGAGGAUGAAGCAGAAUGGAGGAGGCCAAAAGGGCCCAUCAAUGCAUUUAAAGGAAACUACUGCUCAUCCUUGCUCAAGCUUCCCUUUAACUCGUGUUUUCAGCGUUUUCAUCAUCACGGUCUUGUUUGCACUUGUCGUGGGGAUAUCGGGAUGAAUUGGAUCUCGACUUCUUGAUGAUGUUGAAACAGGCUGUAGGUAGGUAGGUAGACCAGUUUCCUGUUGAAUCUUGUAGGAAGUACAGAUCAGGUUAUUUUAAUUGUGCACUGUGUGUAAAGCAUAUUGUAUGAAGAAUAGGGGUGUGUACUUUGCAUGAUAUGGCCUUAAAUUUUACC